CUCUCUUGUGAAAUUGAAGUGAUCAGAACAAUGGCAUCAAAAAUGGUGGAAAAAUUUGAUAAAUAUUGGUUAGUGAUACAUGGUGUUAUUGGGGUUGCAGUUGUACUUGAUCCUAGGUAUAAGAUGAGUGUAUUGGAGUUUUAUUUUGAAAAACUUUAUGGAGACAAAGCUGAAGAUGAAGUUGAUAGGGUUCGUCAUAUUUGUUAUGAUUUGUUGCAAGAGUAUCAGCACCGAGUUGGUAUGGAGACUGAUGUUGUUGUUGGUGACUCUUCUGCUCAUCCAGAAAUUGUUACAGAGACCCUUUCUGAAUUUGAUUUGUUUAUUAGUAGAAAGAGAAGUAAAAAAAUGAAGAAUGUAAGAUCAGAGUUGGACCAUUAUUUAGAAGAUGAUGUUUUGCCGAGAACUUCAGGUUUUGAUGUUUUGAAUUGGUGGAAAGCUAGUGGACCAAAGUAUCCGACCUUACAGGCAAUAGCUAGGGACAUUUUAGCUAUUCCUGUAUCCACUGUUGCUUCUGAGUCAGCAUUUAGUACUAGUGGAAGGUUGGUGAGUCCACAUCGUAGUAGACUUCAUCCAAACACAUUAGAAGCAUUAAUGUGUGCACAAAGUUGGUUGUGGGGUGAAGAGAUGAAAGGUAUUAUUUCAUCCAAUUUGCAUAUUAUUAUUUAUAUUACCAUGGAAUAAUUUCACUAUUGAAUUUAUAUUCUUUACUUUUUAGGGAAUUCAACAUUGGAAUCGGUGGGCUAUGCAACUAUAUAUGAUGAUGAUGAGAUCGAGUCGGAUCAGUCAUGUGCCACUUUUGUGAGUUCAAGUUGAAGGAGAUGAUGGAAGUUGUGUGGUUUGUAUGGGUUUGAAGAAAUAAUGGAUUUGCUUUUUUAUGUUGUAAUGGAUAUAUAUUUUUUAUUUUUAAUUUUAAUUUUUGGGUAACCUAUUCCUUGCGGGUUGUGCUUGGGAUUAAUUAUUCUCUUUGGUACUUGUUGAAUUUUCUUGUGUGUGUGGGUUGCUGGACAGAUGUUUGGUUUGUGUUAUUUUGUUGCUACAUGAUGUUUUGUUUG